CAGAGGAAUGAAGAAUGAAGAAGAAGAAGAAGUGAUGAAUAUCUCGGAACAGCGGUGGGUUUCAUUGCUGAGCAAGUGCUGCACCGUGAGGACCACCAAGCAAGUCCACGCUCAAAUCUACACAACCGGCUUCCACGACGACCCAAUCGUCUUCGGGAAGUUUCUUCUCCACUGCGCAGUUUCCGUAUCCGAUGCUCUCCACUACGCUCGCCGUCUCUUCCACCACUUCCCUAACCCUGACACCUUCAUGUACAACACCCUCAUUCGCGCACUCGCUCUCUCAGAAAUCCCUCACCAUGCCAUUCACCCCUUCCUCCAAAUGCGCCGCCACGACACCCUUAUUCCCGAUAGCUUCACUUUCGCUUUUGCGCUCAAAGGACUCGCUAACUGCGGAGACCUCAGAGCUGGUGUUCAGUUGCAUUGUCAAGCUCUACGUCAUUGCUUUCAUACCCAUGUUUUUGUUGGGACGACAUUGAUUAGUAUGUAUGGCGAAUGCGGUGAUUCUUGCUCUGCAAGGAAGGUGUUCGAGGAAAUGCCAGACCCAAAUGUUGUAACUUGGAAUGCUGUUGUCACUGCUUGUUUCAGGUGUGGGGAUAUCUGUGGCGCGCAAGGUGCGUUUGAACAGAUGCCUAUUAGGAAUUUGACCUCUUGGAAUGUGAUGCUUGCUGGUUACACCAAAGCAGGGGAGCUUGAGUUGGCAAGUAGAGUUUAUUCUGAGAUGACUCUGAAGGAUGGUGUUUCUUGGAGCACCAUGAUUGUUGGGUUUGCCCACAAUGGUUAUUUUGAUGAAGCUUUUGGGUUUUUCAGGGAGAUGCUGCGAGAGGGGAUCAGGCCGAAUGAGGUGAGCCUUACUGGGGUGUUGUCUGCUUGCGCUCAAGCCGGGGCGUUUGCGUUUGGGAAGAUUUUACAUGGGUGUAUGGAGAAAGCUGGGUUUCUUCACAUUGUUUCGGUGAAUAAUGCUCUCAUAGAUACCUACUCCAAAUGUGGGAAUGUGGCCAUGGCUAGGUUAGUGUUUGAAAAUGUGCCGAUGGCGAGGAACAUUGUGACAUGGACGUCAAUGAUAGCAGGCCUUGCAAUGCAGGGUCAUGGAGAAGAGGCAAUACGGCUUUUCCAUGAGAUGGAAGACUCUGGAGUUAGGCCAGAUGGUAUUACCUUCAUCUCUCUUCUAUAUGCUUGUAGCCAUAGCGGCUUGGUUGACCAAGGUUGUGCUUAUUUUUCCAAGAUGAAGAAUAUGUAUGGUAUUGUACCUGCUGUUGAGCAUUAUGGUUGUAUGGUUGAUCUGUAUGGUCGAGCCGCUCAGUUGCAGAAAGCCUAUGAAUUUGUAUGUCAAAUGCCAAUUUCACCCAACGCUAUCAUUUGGAGGACUCUCCUAGGGGCUUGCAGCAUUCAUGGUAAUAUCGAGUUGGCAGAGCUUGUGAAAGCAAGGCUUGCUGAGAUGGAUCCAAACAACUCUGGUGACCAUGUACUGCUCUCCAAUGUUUAUGCUGUAGCAGGGAAAUGGAAGGAUGUUGCCAGCAUAAGAAGAACAAUGACUGAAAGGAGCAUGAAAAAAACACCUGGUUGGAGCAUGAUUGAAAUUGACAAAGUCAUAUAUGGUUUUGUGGCAGGUGAAAAGCCGAACGAGGUUACAGAAGAGGCUCAUAGUAAAUUGAGGGAAAUCAUGCUGAGACUCAGAGCAGAAGUAGGCUAUGCGCCACAAGUAAGGAGUGUCUUGCAUGAUAUUGAAGAGGAGGAAAAAGAGGAUUCGGUGUCUAAGCACAGCGAGAAGCUUGCUGCAGCUUUUGGAAUAGCAAAAGUUCCUAAGGGAAGGGUUUUAAGAAUAGUGAAGAACCUGAGGGUUUGUGGGGACUGCCAUACUUACAUGAAGCUGAUUUCUAAAGUUUAUGAGGUAGAAAUCAUUGUGAGAGAUAGAAGCCGCUUCCACUCAUUCAAAGAUGGUUUUUGUUCUUGCAGAGAUUAUUGGUGAGUGGUGAUAAAAGUGAUUUUUUAAGUCUACCUUGAUUGCUCUCACCGAAUUGACAGAACUAGAUGACUCAAUGCUGAUGCCAUAACAACAUUGGACAUAUCUGAAUCAUGAUAAUCAGAUAGGCUUCAAGAGAAGCAUUCAGCUAUUCUGUCAAGUGUUAACCAAGUUUAAAUUGAGUUAAACGAGGACUGUUUAGAAGUAUAGCAAAGCUAAAGUCUGAUCACAACAAUACCGAAGUGGUGGUUUGCGGAUAGAGUUCGUGAACAGAGGUUACCACCCAUCAAAAUUCAAGUGGUUAAUUUAACAUUGCACGUUAUUUGGUGGCAAUGUUAGUGCUCAAUUCUCUCAGUCAUUGGAGCAAUACAGUGGUAACUAAAGUGAAAGAAAUAAAACGUUAUCGACUCAGUGGCAUUCAAUGCAGCAGAAGAGCUUAUAAUGACACUCAUAAAAAAACACUAUCGACCUGUGUAUUAAAGUUGAAUUGAUUCAACUCAGGAUUUCAGCCUUAAUUACAAAUUUUCUUCCGCC